CCAAACGGUUUUUCGCUGAGUGCUGAUCUCGUUGGUGAUAGGUGAAACUAAAAUUUUUAUUGCAAUUGCACAGAGUAAAACAUUUAAAUUAUUUAAUAUUUAUCAACUACCUGCGAUGUUUAUGAAUUCAUAAUAAAAUAUUAUCAAGCAUUAAUAUUGACUUCAAUUUUAAUUGUAGGUAACUUAAUUUUAUGUAUUUAUAAACAUGAAAGGCUAUAAGAUCACUAAUUGUGCACAAGAUAAAAGAAUUGGUAUUGUCGGUAAUUCAUUGAAGGAAGUUUUUGCUAAAGGAUGCCAGAAAUUAAAGUUAGAUGGUGUGAAUGUGACUAUGAUGACACUUGAUGGUACUGUGAUAGAUGAUGAAGACUAUUUUCAAUCAUUACCAGCACAAACAUUAUUUAUAUUUCGGUCAAACGGGGAAACAUUUCAAACAGGGGCUGAUUUAGUAUAUAAUGUGCUUGCAGCUAUAAAUAAUGAUACAUUAAAAACUUCAAUUAAAAUAAAAUCGUUUAUGGAUGAAAACAUCAAAGAAAAAAUAAGAAUAUUAUCUUCAGUUCUGGAUGUAGAUCAUAAUAAACAAAUCAAUUUAACAUCAUGCAGUCUAAGAUCAAAAGAUCCAGAAUGGUUUCGAGAUUUGGACACUAGGGCAAAAACAAAGGAAGAAUUCAUGUUCAAGCGCUGCCAAGAACGAAUUCGGAGUUAUAUGUACAAAACAAAAACAGAUAUGAUUAAGUCAGACUUUUACAUACAACAUAAAAACUGCAGGCAGUAUUUGGAUGAAGUAUAUAAACAAUUCAAUGAACUUUUAACAAAAAACAAACAUCAUGGAUAUUAUUUUGAUAGAUCGAAUUCAAACUGCUUAUGUGACAAGACUGGGAUGUUUAUUUGCGAAGGAGCAUGGAAUCAAUCUAUUUGUUCUUAUGAACGUGGUACUGGUCACAAAAUCAAUCCAUACCAAAACAGAGAGAGCAGAAUUAUAUUUUCUACUUGGAACUUGGACCAUUGGGUGGAGAGAUCUAGAUCUGUAAUACCAGCACUGUUUGAAGCCAGUGAAAUGGCAUCUAAAGUUGCUUGUUCAAUUAAUAUGAAUUAUUUCUAUGAUUUGCUCUUCACAACAGUUAAUCUUAAACUUGUACAUAUUGUAUGCCAUGACAAAGGUCAACAUAGCAGUGCUAAAUGUGAUCCAAACUUGUAUUUAAAAGAUAAACAGAUGAUUAAUAACUAUGUCAAUAUCCAUACAGAGAAUAAUUUUAUCAAAACAAAAAAAUAUCAAAAAUCCGUUAAUAACUAAUAAUUAUGUAUUGAUAUACAAAAUGUGAAAUAAUGGGAUUUCGGCAGAUAUUCAAGAUCAAAUAUAAAUCUGAGCAUUUGGCUAUUGGAAAAUUAAAUUGGCUUUCAGAUUAUAAUUAAUGUGCAUUUUUUCAUCUUAUGAUAGUAUUCAUUUUUAAUAUGUUAUUUGUAAAAAAUAGCUGAUA